AUGGCGACGCUCAGAAUCGCAGAUCCCCCGCACGCGGGAGACGAGCUGCAACAGCCACCAUCCUGCGAUGAGGGAUCAAUCAUGGGCCCGGCUGGCUCCCCUUCGCAAUUUAUCGCCCGACCUCAUCAAGAAGAAAUCCAGGAGAGUAUUUACAAUAUCCGUUCCCACUCCAGGAUCCCAGUGCAGGGCAGUAGCGGGAUCUCGGCCGCCGAGCAGCCGGACGAUGACCCCGGGUUGCGAAACCCGGGCGACUUCAAGCAGAGACAGGUAUUCAAAGGCAAGAUGCUGCUAUGGCUGGCAUAUCAAUCUAUCGGCGUCAUUUAUGGCGAUAUUGGCACUAGUCCCCUCUACGUCUUCUCAUCCACCUUCUCGUCCCCUCCCUCUCCAAAAGACCUGCUAGGCGCCCUCUCCAUCAUUAUUUGGAGUCUAUUCAUGAUGGUAACUGUCAAGUAUGUGCUAAUAAUACUUCAUGCCGAUAACGACGGCGAAGGUGGCACUUUCAGUACCUAUUCCCUCCUCAGUCGCUAUGCAAGUGCUCCUCGCGAUCCCUCUCUCUCUCUCUCUCACACACACACAAAGCUGACUCAUUCACAGAUGAAUAUCACCUGCCGUGAUCCACGGGAGGCUUCGUUGGUCCAGAUGAAACGGUACUUGUCCGGCGAUCUAGAGCACGCUGGACAGAUGGUGCGCCACAGCCUAGAGUCUAGUCGACUCGCGCGAUGGCUGCUGAAAGUGAUCGGAGUCUUGGCCGUCACCAUGGUGCUGGCUGAUGGCCUGCUCACUCCAGCCCAGUCUGUUCUUGGAGCCGUUCAAGGUAUUAAGGUUGUGCAGCCAAACAUAUCCAAGGGCACAGUGAUUGGUGUCACUGAUGCUAUUCUUAUCGUUCUAUUUUUCAUUCAACCGUUGGGAAUCACAAAAUUGUCCUAUGCGUUCUCGCCGAUCGUGAUAAUCUGGCUUGGCAUUAAUGCGGCAUUCGGGAUAUACAACCUCGCUAAUUAUGAAGCCGGUGUUUUCCAGGCUUUCAACCCUGGCCUCGCAUUUGAAUUUUUGAUUCGUAACAGAACAGACGGAUGGAGGAUGCUAGGUGGUAUCUUGCUGGCCUUCACGGGUGUGGAAGCCCUCUUUGCGGACUUAGGUGCUUUCAGCCGCAGAGCAAUCCAGAUUAGCUGGCUGUGCUAUACGUUUCCGUGCCUUUUACUAGCAUACAUUGGCCAGGCAGCGUAUAUAAGCGUCUACCCAGAGGCGUAUUCGAACCCCUUUUUCAAUUCAGCCCCACCUGGAACUCUCUAUCCAGCCUUGAUUAUUGCCAUUCUAGCUGCUAUCGUUGCCUCGCAGGCCAUCAUUACCGCAACCUUCCAGCUUCUUGCACAAGUGAUGAAACUCUCAUAUUUCCCUCAGAUCAAAGUCAUCCACACUUCUCGGGUAUUCUACGGGCAGCUCUUCAUUCCGAUCGCGAAUUGGCUGCUUAUGAUUGGCACCGUCUUGAUCGCGUCGAUCUAUAACAAUACCACGUCCCUGGGCAAUGCGUAUGGCGUAUGCGUCAUGUUCGUGACAUUUUUCGACACUUGCAUGGUAUCUCUGGCUGCAAUGUUCGUCUGGCGAAUCAGCCCAUACAUUAUCUUCCUCCCCUGGCUCACCAUGGCCUGCCUGGACGGUACUUAUCUCUCGUCGGCGCUGACCAAGGUGCCUCAAGGAGCCUGGUUCACGAUUACGCUCGCUGCAAUUCUUGCAAUUCUGUUUCUUUUGUGGCGAUAUGGUAAAGAACAGCAGUGGUUCGCCGAGGCUGAGGACCGCUUUCCAACUUCACAUUUUGUCAUGUCCAGCCCAGAUGGCCAAAUCUCCCUAUCCAAACAAUACGGCAAUAUUCCCGUCAGCACCACCCGUGGUCUUGGUAUUUUUUUCGACAAAGCGGGCGAGACGACUCCGAUCGUGUUCAGCCAGUUUGUGCUUAAGCUCACCUCCUUGCCGGAGGUGGUUGUCUUCUUCCAUCUACGCCCCCUCGAGCAACCUUCAGUCUCCGCUGAGAAUCGCUUUACUGUGUCGCGUUUGGCCAUACCAAAUUGUUACCGACUGGUUGUUCGUUAUGGAUAUAAUGAUGAAAUCAUCACACCCAACUUGGCGAGCGUGAUCACCGACCAGGUCCGGAAAUAUCUAAAAUCGAGAAAACCUCCCGGCCACGAGGAUGAGGAAAGGGAUUCCGUGGCCCCUGACAACGCGACAGUGGAGGGCAGCAGGGAUGCCUACGCCUUUACUACUUCUGACAUCGCCAAUUUGGAAGCAGCAUAUUCACACAAGGUGCUCUACAUUGUGGGGAAGGAGCAGAUGAAAAUCAACCCUGAGACAGCGCUCAUCCGAAAAAUAUUGUUACGCAUUUUUUUGUGGAUCCGAGAUAAUACGAGGAACAAAAUGGCUAAACUCCGGCUGCCAACAGAUAAGCUGAUUGAAGUGGGGUUUGUGAAGGAGAUAUGA